AUUUGUAAAAAUUUAGGUUAUAUCAAAUGUAACAAUAGUAUUUGUAAAAGUACUACCAAGAGUAGAAACUUUUUAAUGUUUACAACCAGGUCUUGUUUUGCAUUAGAAAAAAUAUUAACAAGAUAAAAAACUUGGAUUGCAGUAGUAAAGUGGCUUUAGGUCUCAGUUUCUUAAGUAAAUGGCUUAACUUUUUUAUUUAUACCAUAUCUAUUUAUUCAAAAUUUAUGUUGUAUAUAACAAAAACACAAAAAAAUUAAUAAUUUUUCAGAAUGGUUAUACCUCAAAGGCGACGAUGUAAGAUUAAUUUUAAAUAUUUUAUCAAGUAAUAUUUUUCAAGAUGUUGAACAUUAGAUAAGUGUUAAAUUGUGACUAAAAAAAAUAUUUUUCGUAAAUAUUUUUCAAUAUUGUCAGUUUAUUUAGACUUUUAACUUUUUAUAUAUCACAAUGGCUUUGUAAAAAGUCAUUUUUUUUUCUCUUGUUUUUUUUUUUGCAAGCUGUAAGCUAUUUGCAAUGUUUCAUAUAAAAGGUAAGGUUUUUGACUUCAUUAUUAUGUAAAAUUGUUUGCUACUUUUUGCUCUGAAUUUGUUUAUUAUUUUUUGCAUUUUUAAUCGUACGUAAAGACAGAGCAGAGGGGUCUCUGUAUAAUCUUUGUUGUUGUUGUUGUUGCCUUUUUCUGUGUACCUCCUCAAAGAAAGUUAUUUAAAAAGUAUAUUUAAAAAAUUUUUAAACAAAUGCAGUCUGAAAGUGCAAUUCUUGCCCAAAGUCUCUUUUCAUAUUUUAGUAGAAACAACCGCUCACACAAACUGAGUAUGUAAGUAUGAGCGAUCAUUUGUUUGUAAUUAUACAUUUCUCUCAUGCUCAUAGGUCUGGUUUAACUGCUAACCUUAUAGUUCCAGAGUUUGAGUCUGUAAUCGUAACUAGUGAUGGAAUGUAUCUUAUCUCUGUCGAAAAUCACAAAACAUUUGAAACCUAUGGUCAUGCACACAUCAUUAAAACCAUCUGAAUAUCAAUGGUUAAGUACUUUUGUAUGCAAAGUUCGUUGUCAAAUCAAAGCAGCACACAAAAAUGUAUUUUUAAGUUGUUCUGGUUUGCCGAUGGACUUUGGUGCAGUAAGUACACAACUUGCAUCAUUAUGGAGAAAAGCUGGACUUAAUCGAAAUGGUUUAGGUAGGAGAAGGUUGUGUGCAUCUAUAUUAAGACAAUCUGCUGUUACCAAAUGCAGAACUGACGGAGAAACUAAUUUACAAGGUGUAGCUGAUAUAAUGGGUAACUCACUUUUAACAGCUGAAAAGCAUUACCACUUGAGAAAUAUGAAAGAAGCUGCUGGGAAAAAUAAUAAUUCUAUUCGUAAGAAAAUUUGCAAAAAAAGAGUUCUUGUGAAAAGAGUAAUGUUGCUGAGAAGAUUUUAUCAAAAAGUUCAUUAGACGAUGUAUCUUUUAAUAUUGUAAAUAGCGACUAAGAAAUUGAUAUAACCCCAAAAAAGAUUUUUGCCAAGACAAAUCAAUCGCCUUUAAAGGAGUCGUAUACUCCUCGGAGACAAGUUGCUUUUAACAAAGAGGAUAUCUCAAUUCUCAAUAAAUCUUGCGAUCUUAUAACUGGUGGAACGUUAUCAAAGGAUCGUAUUAGGGAUGCUCUUAAACAUACACAUCUUCUGGACAAAUUUUCUUGGACUCAGAUACGCACUAGAGUAAAUUAUGAGCGACUUUAAAAAAUCGAAGUGAAAUAAAACUAUUUUUACCAUAAACUUUAAAUGUUUUGAAACUAAGUUCUUAAUAAACCUUUUUUAAUAAUUAUU